CCAUAUGACUAAUCCAUAACGCAGAACCGACGCGAUGUAGCCGUGGCAAGCGAACAAACAAAUUUUUUUAGAAGUAAUUUGUCUUAACCUUCGAAUGACGUAUACAAAUCUGUUCGUUUUGCUACAAACUUGGGCCAAUACUGUACAACAUAUACACAUGCGACUUACCUCAAUCCCCCGACGUUGCUAUCGCAACAUUGCUGAUGAUGCUGCUUUUCUGUCGUGCAGUUCCAACCCCAGCGUAGCAAGUGCACAACUACAAAGGCAACUAGACGCUACCUCUGCCUGGUUGAAGAAACAUAUUACCUUCGCCCUGAGAAGAAGCGACUGUUCACCUGUGAAACUUGGAGUAGAUAGCCUACCUAAAACUUCAUGCGCCAAGUACCUGGGCUUUUACCUUGACCGCCGUUUGACUUGGAAGUGCUUCAUAACAGCGGGCGUGUCUCUGAACAUUGUCGGCCACGGCUGCGUGAUCGGGUUCAGCGCAGUGUUGAUCCCCAGUUUGCGGCGACCCGAGUCACACAUUCACGCCACACCGGCAGAAGAGUCAUGGAUCGCAUCAGUGAUCGGCUUCGCGCUCAUCAUGGGUAACAUCACAAUCACCCCAUUGAUGGACACGCUCGGCCGCAAGAAGUGUCACCUCCUCACCAUCAUCCCCAAUAUGAUCGGCUGGAUAAUGCUGCCUCUAGUCAACAACGUUGCUGGUCUUAUCAUAGCUAGGCUCCUACAAGGACUAGCCAUGGGUAUGAUUGGACCGUUGGGAUCUAUUAUAAUAGGAGAAAUGACAGAUCCCAAAAACAGAGGCGCCUUUCUUACUUGUGUUUCCCUGUCGUUAACUACAGGAGUUCUGACUUCACACACUUUAGGGUCUUACUUCAGCUGGCAAUGCACAGCUAUGAUAUGUUCAUUUGUGACCUUCACAAGUUUAAUCUUGGUCAUUUAUAGUCCAGAAUCACCAUCCUGGCUGAUUUCUAAAGAAAGAUUUGAAGAGGGUCGAAUAGUUUUCCUACGGUUAAGAGGAGAAACCGUACAGCAGGAGGAAGAAUUAGAACACAUGAUCUCAGCAAAAAAGAUGGUCAGAACAUCUAGCGUUGAAGGUGUAAAUUUAUCCUUCGGAAGAAAAUUCCGAAGGUUCUGCAGCUACCUUCGCGAUGCUUCGCGAAAACCUGAAUUCUACAAACCAAUCACCGUCAUGUUCUUAACAUACACCAUGUUCCAAUUUGCUGGUAUUAAUGUUAUAAGUUCAUAUGCAAUGGAUAUUAUUACACAAGUUGUAGGACCUGAGGCUAAUGCCAAAUUCUGGAUGGUUGCGUUAGAUAUAGAAAGAUUUAUUUGUAAUGUUCUUGCUAUAUUCUUGGUGAGAACAAUGAAACGGCGUUUCUUACUCUUCAGUACUGGCGGUUUAUGUAUUUUCUGUUACUUGGGUAAGGCGUACUAUGUAUUUGCAAAACAGAAUAACACACUACUGUUUGAUGGUCAGUGGAUACCAAUAACAUUAAUUGCAUUAUAUAUGUUUUCUUUAACUGUGGGUAUUUCAGCAAUUACUUUUGCAAUUCCGGGGGAAAUCUUUCCACUACAAUACCGUGGUUUGGGAGGAGGAUUAAGUAUAUUAGGUUUAUCUUUAAAUUUCUUUAUAGCUGUCAAAUGCUUCCCAGUGUUAAAUGGCAGUAUCGGAUUGCCUUUAACAUAUUGUCUUUACGCUGGUAUAGUUUUAUUGUGCCUUACAGUCAUUUGGUUCAUGUUACCUGAGACCAAAGAUAGAACUUUGCAGGAAAUCGAGGAUAUUUUCAAAGGUAUUCCUCCUAGGAAUAGAAGAAGUGCUCAGACAGGUGACGAUCAUACGAAUGCGGCGCCGUUAGUCAAAUAAAAGAAAAAACAAAGAAAAGAGAAACAAAAUUUACUAUUUUUUUUAAGUC